AUGGUGAAUUACUACAAGAAAAUUGUUCUUCUGUCUGGAUUAGAAUAUAUGAAUGAUUAUAACUUUAGAGUACUUAAGUCCUUACUGAUCCAUGACCUAAAACUGACUAAGAAAAUGCAAGAUGAUUAUGACAGAAUUAAGAUUGCUGACUUAAUGGAAGAAAAGUUCCCAGAGGAUGCUGGAUUGAGCAAACUGAUAGAAGUAUUCGAAAAUAUUCCAGAUCUUGCAGAUCGUGUUGAUAUACUUAGAAAAGAGAUGGAGAAAGUUAAAAAUAAAACCAAAAUAAUAUCGGGAUCCAGUCCACUCCCAAUUACCUCCAGCAUGAUGGAAGUUUGGGAAGUAGAACCAGCUAUGGUGACAGCUUCUUCAGAGGUACACUGUCUAUGA